AUGAAAAUUGAAAAACCCUUAUCUUUAGGCAUUGAGGAAGAGGAGGGAGGAUAUUCAAUAUCCCAAUUGGCCGAUAGUGCAAAGGGAUCUAAAAAGACAGGAGGAAAAAAAAUCCGGUCUUUUAAGAUAUUUAAUCUGCUUAUUAUGAGCAAUGGCGGUGAUGUGAAUGAUGUUGUUGUUGUUGUUGUUGAUGUUGUUUACUGUACUGUACACGAUGUAACAAAAGAUGAACAACAAUGA